AUGAAUACAUCUUCAAACGACAUAGCUCCUGGAGAACCCAUGCUGCUGGUUAUAGCUCGAUGGGUAAUUGGUAGUAUUGGUAUCAUUGCUAACUCAUUUGUCAUAUUUGUGUUUGUCUACAACAAGACUUACAAGAAGUCUCUGUCGCUCAAAUUACUUCUUCAUCAGACGGUGGUUGAUUUGAUUGGCUCUUUGAUAUUUUUGAUCUUAUACAACAUUGAGGUUCCUGAUGGCACUGCUGGAACCAUAUUCUGUAAGAUGGAAUUUUUCUUCUUCUACGCGUCAGCAACAUCAACAUACAAUUUUGUUCUGCUUACAGUCGAACGGUAUAUUGCUGUCGUCCAUCCAUUAUUGUAUCGCCAGAAAUCCUUGAGUGGGAAAAUUACAUACCUGUCACUCAUCAGCCCUCAUGUAUGUGGUGUGCUCAUAAUGAUGUGUUUGCCUAUAUUUGCAGACGUGUCUUCAAAUGAGAAAAAGUGUACACUUAAAGAAAUGAAUGCUGUAGUUGGUAUAUUAUUAAUUCUAUGUCAGUUCCUGUUACCCAUUUGCAUUAUGCUGUACUGUUAUGUGAAGAUGCUAAUAAAGAUACGCAAGACACGAAUUGUUAACCACAGAUUUCCAAUUGAAUUUCAACCUAGUGCCAGAAUAGGAGCUCAGCGGUUUAAGUCAGAUCUAAUCACUACACUCAUCUUAAUUGCAUGUGUUUAUGUUGUUACAGUAUCUCCAAUCCAUGUUGUUAUGCUAGUGCAUUUCUUAUGCGGUUGUUUGAGUUACAUAUUUAUGAAGGUGGGUGUGGUGUUUCUAGAUUUGAAUCUUACCAUUAAUCCAUUUAUAUACUGUAUGGCAUGUAAGGAUUUUCAAAGAGGACUUCACAAGCUCAGAGAUGCGAUAUUCCAGACUCCAGAGUUAGAAACACAAAAUUGA